CAGGGCCAAUGGAUUGAAACAGGGUUGACUUUGCAGUCAUAUAAAAUGAGAGGACAGAAAUGUAUCAAUUCAGUGUAGUAAGCAACUUGGACAGCAACACGACAUCUACCAUCAGUUGUACUUCACAUCGUGUUUUCUAACUCUAAAAUGAUGACUAACUACGGCGCGAUGCUGCUGUUGGCUGUCGUUACCUUGAUGGCUGGAAAGGCCUGGGGGGGACCGAUGGGAUCGUCUUCUGGGUACUACACCACUCCGGCGCCUUACUACACAACGACGUAUGCAGCCCCCAGCUACUACACCACCAAGGCUCCCGAGUCCUACACAACGAAGAAGGCCGAGUAUUAUACAACAACAUAUGCUACUCCUAGCUACUACACCGAGUCACCUAGCUACUACACGACCAAAGCGCCAGAAUACUACACCACAGCAUCCUACUACAUCACUACAUAUGCUGCUCCGACCUACUACACUGAAGCUCCCAAGUCCUACUCAGCUCCAAGCUACUACACUGAGGCUCCGAAAUACUACACCACUAAGGCGCCGGAGUACUACACAACGGCUUACGCUGCACCAAGUUACUACACCGAAGCCCCCAAGUACUAUGCUGUCCCCAGCUAUACUACUACUACCGCUGCCUACUACACCGAAGCAGAAGCAACCAAGUACUACGUAGCUCCGACUUACUACACUGAAGCCGCUCGGUCUUACUACAGUGAGCCCACUUAUUACACAGAGGCCCCUCAGUAUUACUCCACCCCGUCUUACUACACCGAGCCCAGCUACUACACAACAACAACUUACUCCACCCCAGCUUAUUACCCUGAAGCUGCAAAAUACUACUCGGCACCAAGCUACUACACUAAAGCCCCGGUUUACUCUGCUACAUAUGCCAAACCAAGUUACUACACCGAUGCACCACAAUACUACACUGCCACUUCUUAUUAUACCACUAAGGUCCCCGAGUACUACGCUAUGGAAAAGGCCGAAUACUACCCUUCUACUUAUGCUGCUCCAGUUUACUACACUGAGGCUCCUAAAUAUUCGGCUCCAACUUACUACCAGAACGAGGCUCCGAAGUACUACACCACUAAGGCGCCUGAAUACUACGCGCCUUCUUAUGCUACCCCAAGCUACUACACCGAAUCUCCCGUCUAUUACACUACGACUUACUCCGCUCCCGAGUACUACACCACCAAGGCUCCCGAGUACUACACCACCAAGGCUCCCGAGUACUACACCACCAAGGCUCCCGAGUACUACACCACCAAGGCUCCCGAGUACUACACCACCAAGGCUCCCGAGUACUACACCACCAAGGCUCCCGAGUACUACACCACCAAGGCUCCCGAGUACUACACCACCAAGGCUCCCGAGUACUACACCACCAAGGCUCCCGAGUACUACACCACCAAGGCUCCCGAGUACUACACCACCAAGGCUCCCGAGUACUACACCACCAAGGCUCCCGAGUACUACACCACCAAGGCUCCCGAGUACUACACCACCAAGGCUCCCGAGUACUACACCACCAAGGCUCCCGAGUACUACACCACCAAGGCUCCCGAGUACUACACAGCUCCAAGUUACUACCAAACUGAAGCCCCCAAAUACUACACCACAAAAGCGCCAGAGUACUACACUACCACUUACUCUGCUCCCAGCUACUACACCGAGGCUCCAGCCUACUACACAACAUAUGCAACCCCAUCCUACUACACUGAGCCACCAAAGUACUAUUAAUCGUUAAAAUUGUGUUGUCCAUCUAGCUCGAUGAAGUGUCAAUUAGAUUUUGUUUUAUCAUUGGCGGUCCUCGUUCCCAAUUCAGCAUUUCUUUGAUAUAUAUUUAUGCAUUCACUAUAGUCGCCGCUCCAUACGAAUGGGGUUCUUCAAUGAAAUCUUGAAUACAGAUGUAUAUCGUUACCUAA